GACACCAUGCGUGCGCUGGCGUUCUUUUUGGUAACUACGUUAUACACUUACCCAGUUCAAGGUCUCUGCGGGGAGAGUAUUCGUUGGUCGCAUCGUUUUAACGUAGAUGACGUGUUCGGGAUAUGGUACGGUGUGGGCUACGCACAACACACGCCAGACAUGACCGACAAACCCAAUGAAAUAGGUUGCGUAUCUCUGUACAUUACCGAUGCCACGUACCAGGUCCGCGAUGAUUGGGUCAACUGGGAUGUUCCACCGAGAAACUAUACUGACAAGAAUUGGAGAUCUGAUAAAAGCAAUCCUUGGUCAGGUGAUGCUUUGGCUGGCUCUUGGCUCGAUAUAGGGUUAAAAAGACAGAUAAAAAGAAGCAUUAAUAUUCAACGUCGAGUUCGUGUGAUGUGGGAUGAAGAUGGACAGACUAUGGAGCAGAUUUACAUUUACUCGCCAGAAGAUCCUGGCAUUUGGAUUGCUGAGAAAUUGAGACCUUUUGAAAAAGAAAUGCGAGACAGGGGAAUAGAUAUAUGGUACGCAGAUAAUCCGCCACGUCAUCCUGAGGUAAUCCGCGUGCUGAACGCCACUGCGCAUACUCUUUUAAUCAACCACUGUUCAGAAAUCGGCAAUGGCGGCAUCUUCACUUUGAUCCUAAGACGUUCGAUAUCCAAAUUACAAAGAUGGGAUUGGUUUAAAUACGAACAGGAGUUCUAUAAAUACGAUUUACCUCGGAUGUAUCGACAUGCUGCUGUUUGUGCCGGAUGUAUGAAUUACAGUUCGAUUGUGUUUUUGUUUGUUUGUCUGUCUUUAUAUGCGCUAAUUCUUUCUUACAAAUAG